AUGCAGACCUUUGUAAAUGUUUUCCUGGGAUUUUUUAUCUUUGAGUCAGUUGUAGCUGCCCCUAUCCGUGAUACCAUAAUUUAUGAUUCUGAGUUCUAUGACAUACCACUUGGAGAGCUGCCUCAUCCAUUUGCCUAUGAUGGAAACAAGCAGUCUGACCAAGUAGAGACAGAUAUUGGGACAAAACUACAAUCUGUAAUUCAAGAGAGUUAUUCUUCUGCACCACUGACAGAAGAAACCGAGGAUGAAGCAUCAACACCAAAAUUAAUUGAUGGGUCUUCAGCACAGGGGUCAGGGGUUCUUGGACCCCAGACUCAAGAUGGUCUUCCCACUUGCCUUUUGUGUACAUGCCUGGGGACCACAGUCUACUGUGAUGAUCGUGAGCUUCAUGCUGUUCCACCAUUGCCUAAGAAAACCACCUAUUUCUAUUCACGCUAUAACAGAAUCAAGAAGAUCAGCAGAAAUGACUUUGCUAACUUAAACCAUUUAAAGAGGAUUGAUUUGACUGCAAACUUCAUAUCAGAUAUCCACAAGGAUGCCUUCCGAAGAUUGCCCCAACUUCAGGAGUUGGUGCUCCGUGACAAUAGGAUAAGGCAACUCCCUGAGCUACCAUCUACCUUAACAUUCAUUGAUAUUAGUAAGAACAGGCUUGGUCGCAGAGGGAUACCAAAUGAGGCAUUUAAAAAUCUGGAUGAACUGCAGCAUCUUUAUAUCACUGACAAUAACUUGGAUCACAUUCCAUUGCCACUCCCUGAAAGCCUGCAAGCUCUUCAUCUUCAGAACAACAACAUUCAAGAGCUGCAUGAAGAUACUUUCUGCAAAAGGAGAGAUUUUACUUAUGUGCGUAGGGCUCUUGAAGACAUCAGGCUGGAUGGAAAUCCCAUCAACCUGAGCAAAACACCUUAUGCAUACAUGUGUCUACCCCGCUUGCCAGUUGGUAACCUCAUCUAA